AUGCCUGCCAAAAAGGAUGAAGACAUGCUGAAAGAUGUGAAGGUUGAGCAUGAAUCUGAUGAUGACGGUCUUCAGGAAGAGUCAGCUACCAACGCGUCUCUGACCCCGACUCCCCAGAAGCGUUGCCGCAAGACUGCCAACAAUGACGACGGCGAGGACGAAAGCCCGACCAAGAAGAGCAAAAAGGGAGUCAAACGGGGAACCAUGCCUAUCCCAACGUCCUACGAGUCGGCCGGAAAAGCAGACCGUAUGCUGCUUCACAUGAAAGACGUCGAGGGGAAGGGCUGGGCCGAGAUCAAGGCUGCCUGGGAAGCGAUGACGGGCAUCAAAGUCGGAGGCACCACACUGAGCACCCGAUACAUCCGCAUGAAGGCCAACUUCGUCGUCUUCGAAGACGACGACCGCGAACGACUCCUCGAGGCGAUGAAGGAAAUCGAGGAGAAGUUCGAAAUCGAGAAAUGGGCCAAGAUUGCGGCUGCGAUCGAGGAGAAGGGCGGCAAAAGGUACCCUCCUGCGGUGUGCCAGAAGAAAUUCAAGGAGUUCAGCAAGCGCGGCGCCUCGACCAAUGCGAAUGCCAGUGUCAAUGCCAACUCUCAGGUCAAGGCCGAAGAGGAUGUGCUGGGAGGUGACGAAGCUUAG